AAUAUCGGGACCGCCGCCGGCGAAGAAAGAAGUACCUGCCCCCGAAGCCCGUCUGCGACUGAAGGACCCGCUGCCGAAGUGCCGCCGAAGACCUGGACAUGCUGGCUGCCCCCUCCGGUGCCGCUGGUGCCCGUGGCCCAGAGGCCCCUUGGCCAGCAGGACUGGUACCAUGGCUCGCUCCCCAGACAGGAGGCUCAGGCCUUGCUGACCAGCGAGGGGGAUUUCUUGGUCCGCGCAAGCCAGGGACGGCCAGGAGCCCAUGUCCUGUCUGCACUGGCUGGAGGACAGUGCAGGCAUUUCAUCAUCCAGUGCCGGAAGGGCAGGUACCAGUUUGAGCCUGGAGAGGUGGGGGCGCCCACCAUCCCCUCGCUCAUCCACCACCACCUGCAAUCACGCCAGGUGCUCACCACGAAGUGCCCGUUCGUCCUGCGGAACCCGGUCGCCAAGGCCCAAUGGGACCUGAGCCAUGAAGACGUGGUGCUGGGGGAGCUUCUGGGCAGCGGGAAUUUCGGGGAGGUGUAUAGCGGCCGCCUGUCGUAUGACAACACCCCCGUGGCUGUGAAAACCUGCAGAGAGCACCUGGCCCCGGAGACGAAGCACAAAUUCCUCAUGGAAGCCAGGAUCCUGAGGUGCUACAGCCACCCGAACGUCGUCCGGAUUAUUGGCGUGUGUGCCCGGAAGCAGCCUGUCUUCAUCGUCAUGGAGCUGGUGUCCGGUGGGGAUUUCUUAUCGUUCCUCCGCUCCGAGGGGAGCCGCCUCUGGAUUCCAGACCUCAUCCACUUUGCAGUUCAGGCAGCAGCGGGGAUGGCCUAUCUGGAGAGCAACGGUUGCAUCCACAGGGACCUGGCAGCCAGGAACUGCCUGGUGGGGGAAGGUAACGUGUUGAAGAUCAGCGACUUCGGCAUGUCGCGGCAGGAGGCCAACGGCGUCUACGCCUCCCAGGGAGGAAUGAAGCACAUUCCCAUCAAGUGGACGGCGCCGGAGGCUCUGAGAUACGGCCGGUACUCGACGGAGAGCGACGUCUGGAGCUACGGGGUCCUGCUGUGGGAGAUCUUCAGCCUGGGGGCCGCCCCCUAUCCCGGCAUGUCGAACCAGCAGGUGGUGAGCCAGGUGGAGCGAGGCAAGUAGCGCGAGCUGGUGUUUAUCACAGCCCAGGUCCUGGGCAAGGGGCGCAAGGUGGUGGGUGGCCACGUGUUUCAGGCUCAGGAGGCCAGGUUCAGUUCCUGGCUCUGCUGCAAUACCUCUGUCCCGUACAUAGGGCUAGUUCCUGCCCUAGUCCCCAGCCCCCCGCAGAGCUACCGGCCCCCAUGUCUCCAGCUUCUCUUGCCUUGGCAGGUUUCCGCAUGCGAGCUCCUAAGCGCUGCCCGGUGGAAGUUUACGACGUGAUGCUGAGGUGCUGGGAAGCCAGUCCCAGCCUGCGCCCCAAGUUCAGCGCCAUCCAGCAGGAGAUGACGCAGCUCGGCUGGAACUCGGAGUGACCACGGGCCUCCACUUCCCCUUUGUAAUAUGUAUCCACCCUCCCCCCGAAAUAAUCUAUAUAAACCCUCUCAGUACCUUUGCUCUAGGCCUUCCCCCCUGGCCCUUCACCCUCUAUACUUGGAACUUGGCUUCUAGAUGGGCUGGUGCUUUGAGCCCACUUUAAAUAUUUCCGUUACGUCCCGCCGUUAACCAAUCAGAGCUCCUCUGCCAAAUGAUUGGCUGCGGCGCAGGACAAAAUGAUUCCCCCGUGAGCCGAUUGGACAGGCUAGGCACCCGCUCUGCUUCCCGAUUGGCUCAUCAGUGAGGAACGUUGGUGAUUUUUCUUGCCCUGAACUUCAGCCGUUGUCUCCACUUCUGAAGGAGAGUUUAAACCCACAAGGGCUGAGCAAUGGGGCAUGCGGCACAUGGGUGGAGACGUUCCGAAUGCAGGUAACAAUGCGACAGCAGUUGGGCCAGUGCAGGCCUGGGCGCUGCUUCGUUGUCUUCCAUGAAGUCCUGGUCACUGAUGCUUUGGUCUGGGUUUGGCCUGUGAAUUUAACGGUCCUGUGAAAAUCGGACUCCAGCAUAGGUUCACCUUCAUGAACGAGGCCCCUCCCCUACUCCCGAGGCCCUGCCCUUGCUCUGCCCCCUCCCCGCCUCUUCCUGCCCUGGCUCUAACCCCUCCCCUGAGAUCCCCGCCCUGCUGCUCGCUGCUUUCCACCCUUCCCCACGUGCCUUCCCCAGCCUCCAAACAGCUGGGACCCGUGGGGGCUGAGCACCCGCUAUUUCUCCCCCGUGGGUGCUUGAGUCCCGGAGGCCCCAUGGAGAUGAUGCCUAUAGAUCCAAGGGCUGUCUAGCCCAGUGUCCGGUCUGUGGCCUUGGCCAGCCCCACCCGCUUGAGAGAAAAGUGCAAGAACCCUGCCGUAGGAAUAACCUUCCCCUGCAGAAAUCUCCCCUUUUCCCACAGUUGUUAGAGGCUGGUUUAUGCACUGACACAGAAAGGUUUAUAGCCCUUCCGAUCUCUUGAUGUUUAGUACGAGCUAUAAUACCUCUGCUUCCAGUCCUGCAUUUCUGUGAUUUAUACGGCUAAUGAGACCAUACAAUUUCCAGAGGUCGGCGAGUCCAUCCCCACACUCUGCGGCAGGAUUAAAUAUACCUAGACCAUCUGGCUUCCUCUUUGGAAUCCUGCGAACUGCACGACCUCAACGAUCCAUUGUGGCAAUGAGUUCCUCAGGCUUAACGGUGCGAUACAUGAAAAAACCACACAGCUUCGUAUCAGUUUUUGAAUCUUAUCGGGAACACCUGAUCCAAAUCCUUCCCCCCACCCCCAACAAUGCUGGGAAUGUUUGGCUCUGAACAGGCUAAUCUCUAGUCAAGAUCCACCUUCUUGUCUGGCAAAGAUAAGAGGCUGGGUGAUGGUAGAAUCAUAGAAAUGUGGUGCUAGAAGAAACCUCGAGAGAUCAUCUUGUCCUGCCCCAUGUGCUAAGGCAGGACCAAGUAAACCUAGCCCUAGAUCAUCCCUGACAGGUGUUCGUCCCACCUCCAAGGAUGGGGUUUCAACCACCUCCCUAGAUAACCUAUUCAGGUCUUGCUGGUCCUCGUCAGAGGUUGUUUGUAGGGGGAAAACACUGGGAAUAAACGAAGUGUGUAAUGCAGUGACCAGAGUCAGCGAGGGAGUAAUGUGGAGGAUGAGUGUUUAAAGCUCCAGAUAUGUGAUAGUUAAAUAGAAAGAGGAAAUUAAAAAUCCUUGUGCAGCCGAGCAAAAGCAGAACAAUUAGAAAAACAUGCACAGUCCAAAUGACACUCAUUACAGGCCAUGAUGUGCAGCCAGGUGUGUUUGGCCAGGCAGGAGCGAGAUAAGGCCCUGGCUGUCGUUUUUGUGGCCCAUUUAGCAAGCGUGUUGAUUUACACCUGAUUUAUAGUGCUUUGUAAAUGCUAACGGCUCAGGGCACAGGCUUGCCAGAGUUUAUCUCUCAAGCGGUAGCACUGAAGGGAAAGCUGAUCUCUCCACGCCCUGUUGUGGGAUUCCACCCACCCCCCCCCCCCCCCCGAGUCAUGCCCUCCAGAGACAGAGCCCCGAGGAUGGGAGCAGCAUCUCUCCAUAUCCAGGCCUGUCUCCUAACCCCCAGGCGUGCUGGAUGUGUGUUGCCCUCAGAAGGCCUAAGCCUGGAAGUGGCGCAGACCGAUAAUUCCCUGGUGUGUCGUCCUCCAUCUAACCUGUUAUGAUAAAGGGGUCAGAGCAGCCGGAUCUGCACAGGGCUGGUAGUCCUGGAGCCCUCGCCCUGUGUCUGGCUGAUGUCUGGGCUGGAUGGGGGUGCCCUGCCUCCUGGAUAUUUUUUUUCAUUCAGUUUAAUGAGCUCUGAUCGCUGCAGAGAGGCAGAAUCCCAGGCUCGAAGGCAGGCACUGGGCUGCAUGGCCUAGCGGACUGAGCACUGGACUGGGACAGAGGACACACUCCUGUGGCAACCACUGCCUCUCCCCGGCCUCUGUCCCUCCCCGCCCUUUGUCUUGAGCCCCAUGUGACAGAUGCUGGUCAGUUGAUGCCCGGCUGGAACGUGCCCAGAUCCCAUAGUGAUGGGCAUGGUGAAAGGCUGAUAAAGUUGGCGGGAGCUGGCCGGUCGCUGCACUGCCAUGGCUAGAAGGUGCAGUUUGAGAUGGUCACCAUGUGCGUGGGCAUCUCUAGCAGCAGAGGGACCAGGUAGCGUGAGGCCUGGGUGUGACCUCCCCUGGUUUGUCACUUUCCCUCCCUACCCCGCCUGGAAAAAGCAAAGCCGGUGGGAAUCCUGCAGCUCUCCCAGCACCAUUUGCUCAUCGGCAGGCCCUGCUGGGCCCUGCAAAUAGCCUGAAGCGAGACCCUCCUGCAGGCCAAUGUCCUCUGAUUCCGUGGAGAAGUUGGACUGGACUCCACUGCUGCGGGUCCCUGCACUCGCCCCCACCCUCUCCUUCUGGGCCGUCUAGCUUCUCAACAGCUCACAAGUCACUUCUCUGCCUCCCCUCCACCCCAACCAGCCGUGGCUUGAACAGAGAGUGGCUCCUCCAGCCCUGGCAAUCGGGGAGAGCCUAUGGCACUAGAAGGGCCCUACGUUCCCCAUGCACCCACAUGAAACCCCAGCACUCCUGUCCUGCAUCCUCUGCUCCUGGCUGCGCAUCUCGCUGGGCUUCCAGUGUGGGGCAGAGAGAAAUACAUCUCCCAGCCCCUAGGGCCUCCACCCUCCGGCUGUUCUGCAGCGUCUCUAGUUCGCCCACCCCUUCGCUCCCCCAGCUGUUCUGCAGCGUUGCCCACCCAAGAUUUUGCACAUUAUCCAUCUUACCCACCUAAGCUCGGGGCUGUAGCAACCCCCUGCAAGGAGAACCUCAGGAGACUCUGACCCUCAGAGAGUGGGCAGCAACCUGGCCCCUCCUGCGUCACCACAGUCACUCAGGCAGCCCCUGGGAUGAUGCACCCGCCUCCCGUCUCCCCGUCCAGCGACUUUAAUUAAGACACAGCCGAGGCGCUGGCUGUAGGCGGCUCUGCCAUGAAACCCUGGCACGCUCUCCAGGGCGAGAGGCCACCAGCACUCCUGCAGUGCAACAAUAAUCAGCCCCACAGACAGGCUCCUCUUAUCUCACGGCUGUGUUGAUCUAAGGCCCUUGUCAAUGAGGAACAGCUGAUUACGGGAGUGAAGGCUGCAGAUGGUGCUAGAUUGCACUGCCUAUCAAUGGCCCUUUGAUAAACACCCUGCUGGACUGAGCCUCCUGGGCACAGGUUCGAAUCCAGUUUCGCCAGCGGCCUGCUUACACCAGCGCUGAGUUCUAAGCGUGGAUGUGAGCGAGCCAGCUGGGCUCCAAGCCCCUGCUUGUUAGAGGGGAGCUAUUGCCCAAGGCUCUUUCCAUCCUCUCGAUUGAUUCGGGUUAAGGGUCGGCUGUGAGGUGGCUUUACGAUGAGCCAGGUCCUCCGAAGCCUUGCCAGCUCCUCCAGGGAAAGCGAGGCUGUGGUAAAGGAAAAGCAUGGCCGUCUGGAAAGGGUUAAUGGGUCCCACAGCUGUUCGGGCUGGAAUACGAAAGGAAGGGGCAGCUGCGUGGAAGCGGGCUAGGGGGGAAGAUGUGGUUCUUCCCUUUCUGGCUGGUUAAAGCCCCAGGGAAUUACGCUCUAGCACUUCACCGUUGGUUUGCAGUGUUGCCGUCUCUCGUGAUGUGUGGUGCGAAGCUUGAAGCUCCAGCUCCUGGAGUCCCGUGACUAGGGAAGAAUUUCAUCUUAAACACAGCACUUGAGACCCCAACGCCUGGCACUUUAAUUUCAUCUGGCAGCAUGCCAGCAGCUCAGCAUCUCUACAGAACACCAGGAUGGCUGGCAGCCUCAUGGGGAGGCCGGUGACCACACGGGGCGUGGCGUGCGAGCGCCCCACCUCCAGGGCAGGGUUGAGCCCUGCUGGCCGAGCAGUAGCAUGGAGGUGGGGAGGAGGAGCUAUUGCUGCUGUCGGCCAUGUAUGGCGCUGGGGGGGGAGGGGUCUGAGCGUUGGCCUGGGAGCCAGGAAUCCAGGGUCCCACAAGAAGUUGUUGGCUGAGCUGGGAAGUGAACCCACAUCUCCAGGCCAAGGCCAAGAUCAUCCUUCCUCCUUGAAGUGCUGCCUCCAGUUCCCCUGAUGUGAAGAGAAUGGUCUAGUGGUUAGAGCAGGGCAGGACUGAGAGUCAGGCCUCGUGGGCUCAAUGCUUCUCUGCCACAGCAUCCCUGCCCUGCUCCGUGCCUCAGUUUCCCCACCUGUAAAAUGGAUAUAAUAACCUCCCUCCUAAGGGCGGUGUGAGGCUAAACUCACUAAUGCCAGCCAGAGAGCCUGAGAUGCUGUGGAAAGGCAGAGGAUUGUGGGUUGCAGGCAGGGGUGAAAGUAAGUCUAGGGACUUACCA